AAACUUGUGUUCUAUCAAGAAAAAAUCUUCAAUAAAUUUUGACGGAUUUCUAGAAAAGAACUAAUUACUUGCUAAAAUUCUUUCGUAUAUUAUUUUACGCAAAUGAAUGAACAUGCAUAUUAUUGACCUGUAAUACAAUUGUGAAAUUAUGUUCUUAUCGCGCAUAUUCGAAUGUUAUUCUUUUCAUGUUUGAUGCAUGUGUGUAUUACAGUGUAUAUUGGAUUGAAACGUAAUCUUAAAUCUUAUCGAAUCGGCCAAAAAUCUAAAUGGACCAAUGGCAUGGAGUCGGCCGAACCUCUUCAAGGCGGCUUUUUUAUUAUGUCUUCUCCUUUUGUUGUUGCUAAACAUUUCAUAUUUUCGAAGAAAGGAAAUAAGAAGUGGGAUCUUAUGGCCCAUGCCUUUUCAUUCCGAACUGAGAACAAAAGAUAAAUAUAAUAACGAAAAAAGAACAACAAAUGAAAAUGCAUCUGAACAAACUUUAUCUACAGAGCAUCGUUUGAGAAACAAGAAAGAACAAAGCAAUACAACCAUUAACCAUACAAAAUCAAUUUUAUCGACAACAAAUCUUAAAGAGGGCACCUUUGCAGCACAAAAAGAAAGCGCUCUAAAUGAAUGUGAUAAUUCUUCAUCAUUACAAAAUAUUCAUAAAGAUGAGAGUAUGAUGACGUCAGCCCAUACGUCUUUUAAAAGCCCAUUCUUAUCUAAGUUGAUGACAAAAUUUGGUUUAAAUACCUGUCCAUUAAAUCCACCAAAUUUGAAAGGACCAAUUAAAGCUGACACAGAAUUUGAGUCAUUAUCAUCGAUAGAAAAACGAUUUCGCGAUCUUUUACUACCUGGUGGCUGGUACAAACCACAAAAAUGCAAUCCAAAAGAUCGUGUCGCAAUAGUUAUUCCAUAUCGCGAUCGUGCUGAUCAUCUACCAAUCUUCCUAAAAAAUAUUCAUUCAUUGUUAAUGAAACAACAAGUAGAGUAUGGCAUUUUUGUAAUAGAGCAGAUCACUGACGGUCUAUUCAAUCGGGCAGCUCUCAUGAAUGUUGGAUUCUUGGAAGCAUUAAAACUACGCCAAUGGGAUUGCUUCAUUUUCCAUGAUGUCGAUUUGAUUCCUCUAGAUGAUAGAAAUUUGUAUAGAUGUCCAGAUCAACCGCGUCACAUGUCAGUGGCUGUUGAUACAAUGGGGUACAAGUAAGUAAAUUGUUACACAAGUUAUUGUUUCAUGGAGCUUUACAAUAUGUCGCCAUAUGGUAAAAUUCAACUAACAUUACUGUCCUUUAAAUGAUGUCGGGCGCACGUU